UUUUUUUUCAUUCGCUCACGCGCAUAGAACCGCUGCCGGUUUUGCGUCACUUGAGGCCUUGUUGCUAUUUGCAAGUUUCGGCCAUUUCAUUUUAUUUAAAACAUAUUUCUCCAAUAAGCUACAUCCAUCAGUAAAACUGGCUACCCCCGUGUGGCAACGACAGCGGCUGUCCGGAUGGAAGCGGCGCUCGGAAAAUCUAGAACCAGUAAUCACAAAGAGGCGGAGAGCCACCUCGCCCUCCAGCAGUGUCAGUGGUGGAGAUUUUGAAGAUAGCCAGCACUCUACAAGCACGCCGAUCCCUGGCCGCAAACGACGAAAACUAGCUAACAUUUCAACUGUAGACCCUAUUGCAGUGUGCCAUGAACUUUACAACACAAUUAGAGAUUAUAAGGAUGAGCAGGGCAGGCUUCUGUGUGAGCUUUUUAUACGGGCACCCAAACGCAGAAAUCAACCGGAUUACUAUGAAGUAAUUUCCCAGCCUAUUGACUUAAUGAAAAUUCAACAGAAAUUAAAGAUGGAAGAAUAUGAGGAUGUAAAUGUAUUGACUGGCGAUUUCCAGUUGCUAUUUCAAAAUGCAAAAGAAUAUUAUAAGCCUGAUUCGCCAGAAUACAAAGCUGCCUGCAAACUCUGGGAUUUAUACCUGCGCACAAGAAAUGAGUUUGUUCAGAAAGGUGACUGUGAGGAUGAAGAGGACGAUGAUGAAGGGGAAGACAGUCAAAAUGCCACCCCAGAUGUUUCUAGUCAAGCGUAUUUAAAACCAAUACUUGAACAGCUGCUGGAUUCCGUCACUAGUGCUACACACCCAACUGGAAGAGUUAUCAGUGAACUUUUUCAUAAACUCCCCUCCAAGGUGCACUAUCCAGAUUACUAUGCAAUAAUAAAAGAGCCAAUUGAUUUGAAAAUCAUUGCACAUAGGAUUCAGACAGGUUACUAUAAAAACAUCACUGCAAUGGCCAAAGAUAUCGAUCUUCUAGCAAAGAAUGCUAAAACCUAUAAUGAACCUGGUUCUCAAGUGUUUAAGGAUGCAAAUACCAUUAAAAAACUGUUUGCUUUAAAAAAGUCUGAAAUUGACGUGAUGGAAUUUGCCAAGUCAAGUCUUCGUAGCAGCAGAAACAAGCGACCAGCACAAGGGGACAGACUGUCUGCAAUAACUAUGGCGUUGCAGUAUGGCUCUGAGAGCGAAGAAGAUGCCAGUCUAAAUGCAUCAUCUUCUCUUCGCUUUGAAGAAGGUGAAUCAGAAGGAGAAAGCACUACUUCGUUUAUGGAUAUUUCCAGCCCAUUAUAUCAGCUUUAUGAAACAGUGCGAUCUUGUCGGAACAACCAAGGACAACUGAUUGCUGAGCCCUUUUUCCAUCUCCCUUCAAAGAAGAAAUAUCCUGAUUAUUAUCAACAAAUAAAAAACUCUAUUUCCCUACAACAGAUUAGAAAUAAGCUUAAAAACCAAGAGUAUGAGAAUCUGGACCACUUGGAAUCUGAUUUGAACUUAAUGUUUGAGAAUGCCAAGCGCUAUAAUGUCCCAAAUUCAGCAAUCUACAAGAGAGUGUUCAAGCUGCAGCAACUAAUGCAGGCAAAAAAGAAAGAGCUGGCAAGGAGAGACAUAGAUAUAGAAGACGGGGACAGUAUGAUCUCUUCUGCUACAUCUGAUACUGGCAGCUCCAAACGGAAAAGCAAGAAAAAUAUUAGGAAACAGAGAAUGAAAAUUUUAUUUAAUGCUGUCUUGGAAGCUCGUGAACCUUCUACAGGCAGAAGACUGUGUGAGCUUUUUAUGUUCAAGCCCUCCAAAAAGGACUAUCCAGAUUAUUAUAAAAUUAUCCUUGAGCCAAUGGAUUUAAAAACAAUUGAACACAACAUUCGUGCUGUCAAAUAUUCUGGAGAAGAGUCAAUGCUUGAUGAUAUGAAAUUGAUGUUUCGAAAUGCUUGGCAUUACAAUGAAGAAGGAUCGCAGGUAUAUAAUGAUGCACAUGCAUUGGAGAAGAUUCUUAAGGAAAAAAGAAAAGAGCUGGGUCCUCUUCCGGAUGAUGAUGACAUGGCGUCUCCAAAGCUGAAGCUAAGUAGAAAAAGUGGAAUAUCUCCAAAAAAGUCAAAGUACUUGAGUCCAAUGCAACAUAAACUCAAUGAAGUUUACGAAGCAGUGAAGAACUACACAGAUAAACGAGGCAGGAGGCUUAGUGCUAUCUUCCUUCGCCUCCCUUCACGCUCAGAGCUCCCAGAUUACUAUGUGACCAUCAAGAAGCCCAUUGAUAUGGAAAAAAUCAGAAGUCAUAUAAUGGCUAAUAAAUACCAAGAUAUUGAAAAUAUGUGUGAAGACUUUGUCAUUAUGUUUAACAAUGCAUGCACUUACAAUGAGCCAGAAUCUUUAAUUUAUAAAGAUGCCCUGGUCCUUCAUAAAGUGUUACUUGAAACACGAAGAGAUAUUGAAGGUGAUGAGGAUUCUCAUGUUCCAAAUGUCACACUGCUUAUCCAAGAACUGAUUCAUAAUCUUUUUGUGUCCAUGAUGAGCCACCAAGAUGACGAAGGACGUUGUUACAGUGACUCUUUAGCAGAAAUCCCUGCGGUUGAUCCAAAAUUUCCUAAAAGACCACCUCUUACUUUUGAGAUUAUUCGUAGAAAUGUUGAAAACAAUCGCUAUAGGAGGCUAGAUUUGUUUCAGGAGCACAUGUUUGAAGUUUUGGAAAGAGCACGACGGAUGAAUCGGACUGACUCUGAAAUUUAUGAGGAUGCAGUAGAACUACAGCAGUUUUUUAUUAAAAUACGUGAUGAGCUUUGUAAGAAUGGAGAAAUCCUCCUGUCACCUGCCCUCAGCUACACCACGAAACAUCUCCACAAUGAUGUGGAAAAGGAGAAGAAGGAAAAACUGCCCAAAGAACUUGAAGAAGAUAAAGCAAAGCGGGAAGAAGAAAAGAAAGAAGCUGAAAAAAGUGACGACCCUGCUGGAGUUUCUGGACAGUCUUGUUUAUAUCGCACCUAUAGCCAGGGCUGCAGCUUUAAGAACAGCAUGUAUCACGUAGGAGAUUAUGUAUAUGUGGAGCCUGCAGAAGCCAACUUGCAACCUCAUAUUGUCUGCAUUGAAAGACUUUGGGAAGAUUCUGCUGGAGAGAAAUGGUUAUAUGGCUGUUGGUUUUAUCGUCCUAAUGAGACAUUUCAUCUUGCUACACGUAAAUUCCUGGAAAAAGAAGUUUUUAAGAGCGAUUAUUACAACAAAGUUCCUGUGAAUAAAAUUCUUGGAAAAUGUGUUGUGAUGUUUGUGAAGGAAUAUUUUAAAAUUUGCCCUGAAAACUUUAGAGAUGAGGAUGUAUAUGUCUGUGAAUCUCGAUAUUCUGCCAAAACAAAAUCUUUUAAGAAGAUCAAACUGUGGACUAUGCCGAUUAGUUCAGUAAGGUUCAGGCCUCGAGAUGUUCCGUUGCCUGUGGUGCGAGUUGCCUCUGUGUUUGCUAAUAAGAAUAAAGUUGAAGAUGAUAUGUCUCUUGACAGCAGUGAGGAAAACAAAGAGGAGGACAGUACUCAGAUACUUGAAAAGGGGAAGGAAGAUGUACCAGUGGACAUGCCUAAUGGAGAACCUGGCUGCUAUUAUUUUGAGCAGCUUCGGUAUAAUGACAUGUGGUUGAAGGUUGGGGACUGUGUGUUUAUCAAAUCACAUGGAUUAGUACGCCCAAGGGUUGGAAGGAUUGAAAAAAUGUGGGUACGAGAUGGUGCAGCAUAUUUUUAUGGUCCAAUCUUUAUACAUCCAGAAGAAACCAUCCAUGAACCAACAAAAAUGUUUUAUAAAAAGGAAGUGUUUUUAAGUAAUCUAGAAGAAACCUGUCCAAUGGCGUGUAUUUUAGGAAAAUGUGGUGUAUUAUCAUUCAAGGAUUUCCUAUCAUGUCGACCUACUGAAAUACCUGAGAAUGAUAUUCUUCUUUGUGAAAGUCGUUACAAUGAGAGUGACAAACAGAUGAAAAGGUUUAAGGGACUGAAAAGAUUCUCACUGUCAGCAAAAGUAGUGGACGAUGAAAUUUACUAUUUCAGAAAACCGAUAGUUCCGCAAAAAGAGCCAUCUCCUUUGUUGGAAAAAAAGAUCCAAGAUCUUGAGGCAAAGUUUGCAGAAUUGGAGGGAGGUGAUGAAGAAAUUGAGGAUAUGGGAGAUGAAGAUGGAGAAAUCAUGGAGGCACCAUCUCUUCCUCAACUUCAGACACCUCUUUCUGGUGAACUAGACAUGAUGCCGUACACACCACCACAGGCCGCCGUGCUUUCAAGCUCUCCCCGAUGCUCCGACGACCUGACGCCAGAGGUCAGGCUGCCUUCCCCUUCCUCACUGGCACAAAGGGGAAACCUUACAGAGGCAGAGCCCACAGAAACACCCACUGCCACUGACAGACAAACGAAAGAUGGAGAUCCAGUGGAGACAGUGGACAGCAAAUUACCAAAACAGUAUUUAGACAACGGAAAGUCUACUCCCAAGUCUUCUAAGAACAGCAGUAAAAAAGAAGGUGGAAAGAGGAAAAUUAAUAUGAGUGGCUACAUCUUAUUCAGCAGUGAGAUGAGAGCAGUCAUCAAAGCCCAACAUCCAGACUACUCAUUUGGAGAACUUAGCCGUUUAGUAGGAACAGAAUGGAGAAAUCUGGAGGCACCAAAAAAGGCUGACUAUGAAGAGCGCGCAGCAAAAGUUGCAGAGCAACAGGAGAGAGAGAGAGCGGCACAGCAGCAACAGCAACAGCAGCAGCAACAACAGCAACAGCAGCAGCAGCAGCAACAACAAAACUCUUCUCCUCGAGCCGGCACACCUGUUGGUGCCUUAAUGGGUGUGGUACCUCCUCCAACACCAAUGGGUAUGCUCAAUCAGCAGAUGACACCAGUAUCAGGCAUAAUAGGUGGCUAUCUGCCUGGCCUGCCACAUAUGCAGGGCCCAGUUGACGGCACUGUUAGCAUGGGCAGCAUGCAGCCUCAUCAUCAUCAUGGGGUGCUACCUCCACCCCACCUCCUUCCACCAGGUAUACCAGGCAUCCCGAACAUCCCUCUCCAGGGAGUUAUGGCUCCAGGAGUACCUUCCAUGGUCGGAUCAGCCUCCACUGGAAACAAUCAUUAUAACCAACAGAUGGGGAUUCUUGUUCCUCAAGGUCAGCAGGCACCACCCCCUUACCCAGGACAAAUUCCAGGUAGUCAACCUGUUGUACAGCAGCCCUCAACGCCAGUGUUUGUUGCGCCUCCACCAAGGACACAAAGGUUACUUCAUUCUGAAGCCUACCUAAAAUACAUUGAAGGACUAACAGCAGAAUCUAAUUGUAUUAGCAAAUGGGACCACACACUGACAGCUAGAAGACGAGAUGUCCAUCUGUCAAAAGAGCAGGAAAGCAGACUUCCUACACACUGGUUAAAAAGCAAAGGAGCCCAUACGACAAUGGCAAAUGCAUUGUGGCGUCUUCGAGAUCUGAUGCUUCGUGAUACUCUGAACAUCCGUCAAGCAUACAAUAUUGAAAAUGUUUAGCGCCAUGAAGUCAUUUUUUUUUCUUUGAUACAAAGAUAGAGUUUUUGUGGAACAAUAGAUGUUUUUAGUAACUGGGGUAACCAGAAGGAUAUUUUUAUUGCAUUUAUGUACAUUGUAAGACCAUUUUGAUAUAUGGACAUUUUAAUAAGCUUAUUUUGAUUUUGUGUGUUUUUUUUGUUUGUUAUAUUUUAAGUUGACAUCAAAUACAAACGUUUUUUCAUAUGUUUUGGUUCUAAUUUGAGCAUUGUCUCAUGUUUGCUGUUUCCUGAGGGCAAUGAGUAAAUUAUGCUGCUUUUAUCGUAGUAAACUAUUGUAUGAAAAGUAAACAAAGCAGUUGUACAACACACUGCCAUUAUUUUAAUUAAACUUUUGUCAAUGAAA